UGCUGAAGCUGCUGCUGCUGCUGCUGCUGCUGCUGCUGCUGCUGCUGCUGCUGCUGAUUUUUUUACACUCACAGUAUAGAGCUUGGUGCUUGCUGGCCUCCCUCCGCCUAAGAAAAGUGGGUUAUGAAAGGAGCUCCUCUCACAGACUGUAUAGCCCUUCACUGGAAUAGGAGCAUUCAGCAACAGAAAGAAAAAGGAAAAGAAAAACAACAGCAACAACAAAUCAAUAUCCUCUCUUUUUAAGGCUUUCCUUCACCUUUGCAAGUGGUUUAUUUUUGCAAAAAAGCUUUUUUAAAAAAGAAAUUGUAUUUUUGUUCAUUUGACUUUUUGUUUGUUUGUUUGCUCUGGUUUUAUGAGGGGCUUGUUAAUACUUAGGGGGGAAAGAAGAGAGGUGCAAGAGAGAGGAGGGGAGAGAAGAAAAGUGGAAAGGAUUAGAAGCUGGAAAAGCCGGGUCUGCUUUCACUCCUCGGUAGCUGUUGAUGAACGCUGUGUAUUUGUAAAUCGCUCUUCCCGACCGCCCUGCGCACCCGGAGAGUGCCCAUCUCCCUAUAUAUACCCUGAAAGUCAGCGUGGCCACCAUGGUCGGAAGAGUUCAUCCCGAUCGCAAACAGUUGCCGCUGGUCCUACUGAGAUUGCUUUGCCUUCUCCCCACAGGACUGCCUGUUCGCGGCGUGGAUUUUACCCGAGGCACUGACAACAUCACCGUGAGGCAGGGGGACACGGCCAUCCUCAGGUGUUAUGUAGAAGACAAAAGCUCCAAGGUGGCCUGGUUAAACCGAUCUGGCAUCAUUUUUGCUGGACAUGACAAGUGGUCCCUGGAUCCUCGGGUCGAAUUGGAGAAACGGACUGCUCUGGAAUACAGUCUCCGAAUCCAGAAAGUGGAUGUCUAUGAUGAGGGCUCCUACACGUGCUCAGUGCAGACACAGCACCAGCCCAAGACCUCCCAGGUUUACUUGAUCGUCCAAGUUCCACCAAAGAUCUCCAACAUCUCCUCAGAUGUCACUGUGAAUGAGGGAAGCAACGUGACCCUGGUCUGCAUGGCGAAUGGUCGGCCUGAGCCAGUCAUCACCUGGAGGCACCUCACACCAACUGGAAGAGAAUUUGAAGGAGAAGAAGAAUACCUGGAGAUCCUUGGCAUCACAAGGGAGCAGUCAGGCAAAUAUGAAUGCAAAGCUGCCAAUGAGGUUUCCUCAGCAGAUGUCAAACAAGUCAAGGUCACUGUGAACUAUCCUCCCACUAUCACAGAGUCCAAGAGCAACGAAGCCACCACGGGGCGACAAGCUUCUCUUAAAUGUGAGGCCUCCGCAGUGCCUGCACCUGACUUUGAGUGGUACAGAGAUGACACCAGGAUAAACAGCGCUAAUGGCCUCGAGAUUAAGAGCAUUGAGGGCCAGUCCCUCCUGAUGGUGACCAACGUCACCGAGGAACACUAUGGCAACUACACCUGCGUGGCUGCCAACAAGCUGGGAGUCACAAAUGCCAGCCUAAUCCUUUUCAAGCGAGUUUUACCCACAAUCCCCAACCCUAAUCAAGAAAUUGGCACCACCGUGCACUUCAAGCAAAAAGGACCUGGGUCAGUGAGAGGAAUAAAUGGAUCAAUCAGCCUGGCCGUACCACUGUGGUUGCUGGCAGCAUCCCUGUUCUGCCUACUCAGCAAAUGUUAAUAGAAUAAAAAUUUACAAACAAAACCCAACACACAAAAAUGCGUCAUACAGGAGACAGAGAGAGAGAGAGAAAGAGAGAGAGAGCAAGGGGGGAGGACUGUUUCUUUUACAACUUUGUGUGUUCAGAAGUGAAGGUGAAAAAUAUGACAACAAAGUAUCUACAACAUUUUCAAAAGUUAAAUUCAUUAAGUAAAAAUUUGAAAACAACUUGGUGGAAAAAUGCCACUGUGCAUGUAUGUGUGUGUGUGUGUGUGUGUGUGUGUGUGUGUGUGUGUGUGUGUGUGUGUGUGUAUGAACAGUUGGUUGCUGUGUAAAGACCACAUCAUGCUGAGGACAUUCAGAUGUUCUUUAGAUAUGAAAGAGAGGAAAGAAAAGGAAAAGGAAAGAAAAAGAAAAGGAAUGCUGGAUAAUUGUUUUCUCCCUUUUUUCUUCCUUUCUUCAUCCUUUUUCAUCUGUGGAAAGUCGUCUUACUUUUGGUGUUUAUAUAAGGUUUUUUUUUUUUCCAGUUGGUCAUUUUGAACUGACUCAGCCAAUUCAGACUAUCAAAAUAAUCCAUCCUGGUGUCUUGUGAAUAGCCUCUCAUUGGCAUGCCCCACCCUCUCUCUCUUAACUUUAUUCCUUUUUCCUAAAUCAUCCAUUCUCCCUCUCCCCUCUUCUAUAAUCCUUGGUAUUAUCCCCUUUAUCUUCCUUAUUUUCCUCUUCCUUCCCUGCUACCACCACCUUGAGCUCAAGUCAUGCCGCUGAUGCUAGGAAAUGACAUUUUAAUUUUGAUUUUCUUCACUUUGUGUGUGAGCGUGCUCAGGUCUCUCUCUCAUGUGGAUGUAUAUGUGUGUGCGUGUGUCUCUCUCUCUAAAGCAUGCCAAGGGAAUGGUCCAUAUGUACAUAGACUCAUCGUGCUGUGGAUAAUUGUCCUGCAUUGUAAUUGUGAAAUGCGGUUUUGACAUGUUGCUCAGAAAGAUGGUGGAGAAGGUGGUAGAUCCUUGUGUCUGACGCUCCAGUGGCAGCCUAACUGGAGUUUGCCUUGAAUUUCACUUGUUAAGAUAGCAUGGAAGAGCCCACCUUGCAACACCUUUCUCCACUCCACUCCUCCACCCCCAUCCCAAAUCUAACCAAAAGGCAUUAGAUUAGUGGCUGUCACAUGACAUCAGUGUGCAUUCAAACAGGAAGUGAAGCUGGGUUCCCUCCGGGGCAGGGCUCUAAACUUCCUUUUAUACCCAUCAUCAGAACCCAGAAUAUCACUGUUACUGAAAGUGCCUACUACUGAUGGGGUGACAGAUAGGGAAGAGUUAAUCAGUAACAUAGGCUGAGCUACCCUAGGAGGGGAAGAAUUCUGACUUAGCUCUUGCUUCAUAGGGCUGAGAAAAUUCAAACAUUUAGUGACAUUGGGCUGGCUGUGCCCUGUCCUCCCUCUGUAGUGGGUAUGGUGUGUACAGAAUAUAUGGAGAAGCAGGGAAGUCACCAAGUGCUAAUUCAUAAUUAUAGGAAUGAUAAGCCCUAUGAUCACCUAAACUUCCCUCCUUUUGCCCCUCCCUAUUGGUCAAAUAACAUUACAGAUUCCCCACCCAGCCACUCCUGACCAAUUCCCUUGGAUUAAACAUGUGGAUAAUGAUUGUUUCAUAAUUUGGAUCAAAUAAAGAGUGAUCAAGUGGAGCAGGAAUCUUUGGCAGCUGCAAAGUAAUCAAGGAACUUGUAAAUACUGAAACCCCAUGACCCAUAUUCCAAAUGCAUAUGUUGGAGCCCCUGUAUGAAGCAUAAGAUAAAAAGAAAAACAAAAAAAAUUUCCUUCCACAUGCCUCCACAAAGUCUUUAUCUGGUGACUGGUUGAAUUUAACUAUACACAGAAUUCAAUUGCCUAAUUUCUCUUUGAUUCUUUUGGUGCUUUUGGCAGCCCCAUCAAUUCUUAGUAGCCUGAUGAUUAAUUUUUUAGUGGGCUCCAUGACAUUGAGUUACUAGUGAUCUUGCCUGCUAGCUUGUGUUUUCUGUGAUGGAUGCUGUGGGACAUGAUCUUCCUCAAAGUCUAAAGAUUUAAUCUCAUGUUUCCCACAGAAGACUGAAGGAAGACAAGUUGGGAAUGUACCCUUAGCAUAGAAGACAAAUAGAAAUUUGAACUAUUUUCUUUAAAAAAAAAAAAGAGGUUGGGAGAUCUGAAUUAUGCCUCUGGGCAGAAAUGGCCGUAGUACUACUAAUAAAGUUGUAAUGAUUAGGAAAGAACCAAGACGAACAAUGGUUCCUUGACAAUAAUAUCUAUAGAAAGCAAGUCAGUAAAAAUGUAUUGAAAAAAGCUUGAAAUUGCUUGAGUUCCUGAAUAGUUCAAGAGAACAGACUGGUAUCCUUUAAAUAAAUUCUGAUUGGAUGAGAGUGGGACCAAAUGUAUUAUCUCCAUUAGCAAUUAGAAGAGGAAAAACGGUUUUUAAGAAAAGAACUUUUCAUCCUUUUUGAUUGAAGGAAGUCUCACACUGUAAUCCAUUACACACUAGAGAGAAAAGCCAUGCUAGGAAUUUCUCCUCUUGAUAGAUUUUAUAGAUAGAAACUUUAAAAAAAAAAAGGGCAUUUCUUCUGUGUAGAUGCAAAGAAAUCUCUUUGAAUUAUAGCAUGUUGUUUUACAGUGUCUGCUCAGGCAAGCAAUCCUCACCGUGAUGAGCCUUUCAUUAGCUGUCCCUCCUAAAUAUUUCUUUUGGAUCUAGGAAUUUGGUCAGAGAAACAGAGACAACUAACUAGGUGGCUCAUCUCUUACAUCCCAAGCAUUAGUGUUUGUUUAAGAGUCAAAACUUCUGAGUACUUUAAAAUCAAGAGAGUGAGAAAGUAACAGAUUAAUUCUUUGAGAAUGGAGUAGAAAUCAAUGAGUCCUGAGUUAUGGGCAAUUGGACUGAAUUACUUAACAAGAGUUGUCACCCAUAGUUUACCUAGUGUAAGGUCAUGAUGUUGAGGAAGAUUCAUGCAACUUGUUUCUUUUUACAGAAGAAAAGAAAAAUCUUGGCUGCUAACUUCCUUCAGGGAAUUGUUAUUCACCGUGCUGAACUUUAGCCAUUCGUGGUUAGGAAUGUUUGGAAAUUUAGACUGGCAAACAGUGAAUUGGCUUUGCUCUAGGUCCUCAUAGUCCUGGAGAAGUUUUGGUCAAUAAUAACUGAGAUGAGAUGACAUGAUGCUAUAUAGUUCACAAUACAAUACAAUAUAAUGCAUUGCAAUAUAAUGUAAUACAUUACAGCAUAAGACAAUAUAAUGUAAUACAUUACAGUAUAAGACAACAAAUCUUUUUUUUUUUAUUUGGGUGAAUUGCUAGCUUAACACCCUUUAAAAUUUUAGGUGCUCUUUCACUAGCCUUUUUCUGGGGCCUGCAGACUUUGUUCCCUCAGCUCUAAAACACAGAAUGGAAAAUGGGGUACCAAAUAGCCAUCAUUACAAAUGCUCUACCCCAUUGCCUUUUACCUUGUGUCAGUAUACUUAAAAAAAAUCCUUACACUUUAAUCACAAAAAAAGGAGUGGGCAUGAGGCAGAAAUAGAAUAUGGCCAUUGGCAAGAGUUGGUAGGUACUUGCUGAUAUGAUCAAAUGAUUGACCUAAUCUGAGAAGAAACCUAGUUUAACCAAAAUCUCAGUUCCUGAUCAGCAUCAAUCUGAUGAUAAAUCAGGACUUUUGUUUUGUCCUUUCUACAAAGUGAGUCAGAUUAGGUUAGAAAUCUCUUGCCUAUAUGUUUAAAAUCUUUGAAGACAGAAAUCUUAACACAUUUAUCAGAAAAUCAGAAAUCACUCCACAUUUGACGCCCCAAUAGAAAGAAUAAACUGAAAAGUUAUCCAUUCACUCAAAAAAAAAAUACCCCUCACCCUAUCCCUGCCCAAGAGAAUAGUCCUAGUCAAUAAUCCAUUUAGAUGUAAGUUGGAAUUGUCAUGCUUAUGGUAGCAUGCCUCCAAAUAGAAUGACAGACACAUAUUUUCAGUGCCUGAUACAGAUUCUAACAAUAAAUUUCUGUUUUCUGGAAGGAUCUGCUCUCAUAGAUUUUCUUCCUGAUUGUGAUUUUUCUUGUCCACAUAUGAAGUAUAAAGUAAAAGAGUUUCACACUUUCUCCUUCUCCUUCCCCCUUCUUCAACAAGAUCUUUUCCGGCUCUUUUGUUGCUUGCACAUAGAAAGAAGCAGAUUAGAGAUUCAAUAGAAGUGUUAAGCCUGGAGAAGAGAAUUUGAGGAUUUGUCAGCAAAGUAGAGGAGCCAGGAAAUAGGCAUCUAGGAAAAAGGAAUCUUAGCAAGGACCCACUUACUAUUUGGCUCAUCACUUGGCUGUUUGUCAAGGAAUCAAGUCCAUUAGCAACUGAAGUGUGAAACAGUAUGUGGGAAAGAACCAACUGGAUGGAAAUAAUAUGCUGAAGGGAGUGAAAUUCAUCAAUUAAUCUGACUGGCUAAUAUACUUCAUGUCAAGAGAAGUGCCCUUUGUAUACAAAAUGAAACUCAACCAUCCAUAAAACUGAGUCUUCACUUCCCAAAGAUACUUCCUUUAACUUUUAGUUAACAAGAGCAGUAAUGAUCUUGGCCUGGGGUGCUUUCUGAGGAAUGAGAGUAAUCUGAGGUCUUGUAACUUCAGAUAAUAGUAUCAUUUCCUCCUUCCUAGUUGCUUGUCUUGCUCUUUUUCUCAUAGAUCAUUGUGAUUUUUCCUUCUUGUAACUAAGGCAUGUGUCUGUCCAGAAAGAAUUUUAAAAAUUCCAAGAAAGCAAGGUGAGAUUUCCUAAAUUACAACCAAAAUCAGCUUAUUGUCAUGAGUUCAUGGUCUCACUAUCAUCUACCAAGCCAGGCAGUCUUUGCACAAAUAAACUGGAUUUAUUACAUGGAAUUGCUUCUGAUACUAGAGCUACUCUCAUUUGCUUGUUAAUUAAUUACUCUGGAGGUAGGGAUUCCAGUUCCGGGAGUCUUUCUAGUGGCCAGUCUACUAAAAAUUCUUGCAUUUGGAUCACUUUCACUGAGGAUAACCAUGACCUAAUUCCUCUCUUCAGCUCCCAUGGCUUUUCGAGCUUGGAUUUGAUGUUGAUUCCCAGUGGGCCACCAAUUUCAGAAGUGUGUAGAUAUAAUCAGGUGUUAAAAUACCCACUUGUGACAUUAUAAGAUUAUAGAGUCUUAUGCUUGGAUGAUGUAAAUCAAUUUCCUUAUACAUAUUUCCAUAGCAACCCAAAUUCAGUUUAAUAUGGCCUCUUAUUGUCUUAGAGAUUUCAAACUAUUUUCAAAAGAUCAAGGACAUAAGGAUAUAAUUUCCUCAGUUGCAAAUUCUAUAUCAUGGUAUUAUAAUGUCAGUGUGUACAAAAUGAGGUUUAUAGUUCUUUCUAGGUUACUGGUAUAGCUGCCAACUAAACUCCAGUUUGUAUAAAGAUUAGGCUUGCAAAUGCUAGACAUUGAAGAUUAAGGGUACAUUUGUUUUACCCAGUAAUAUACAUAAAUUCUUUCUUGGAAAGUCAACCAAUGUUAACAUUUACAUUAACAGAAAUGUUUAUGUAUGUAGUAGGAAAAAUGCUUUAAACUCUUGAUUUCCUUCUUCCACAUUUACAUACGGUAUGCUGAUUAAUAAAUUAGUCCCCAAUCAUGUGUAAAUCAAAGUAAAUCACUAGUUUAUGUACAUAAAGUAAACUAUGUAAACUUCAUUUUUUUCCCCCACCACACACAGGUCCAGGUAAACCUUUAAGUCUACAAGGAACGUCAGUGCUAAACAGGACCAAACCAUUUGAAGUGGUCAGAGAAAAAACAUAGGAAAGACUAAAUCUCUCAAUGGAUUAAAUUCCCUCAGUAGGAGAAAGCUUUGCUUUAUUCACACAGUACUUAAUCCCACUGUUUUUUUUUUUUUCAAAGAGACCUCCUAGAUACAGCACAAGCAUCAUAAUACUUAACUUCCAAGUGUAGGGGCCACCCUUAGGAGGAAGAAUAGUGUCAUAGAAAGAGCAUUGGCCCAGGCUUUGCCACUAUUAUUAUGACCUCAGCCAUGUCAUCUUCCCUGUCUGUACUCAUCUGCAAAAUGAGUAGGUUGAACUAGGUGAUUUCUAAGUACUCUUCUAGCUCUAACAUUCUCUCAGUCUAUACGUUCUGGCGAGGAAUCGCAAACACUUUCAGCUAUUCUCAUCGUAGCAGAUAAUAUCAUUGCCUUUCUGGCUUCCCUUGGAAAGAAGAAAGAUCGAGGAAGAGCCUUAGAGUUGUCCCUUCUGGGUUUCUGCUGUGUCUAUUUCCAAAUUUCCCAUUCUUAUUGACUUCUUGCUUCAGUGUCCUAAACAUUUUGGUUAAAUGGACUCUUGGAAAGAUCUUACAACUUGAUGAGUAGAAAGUUGCUUCUGUUUCCAUCCAUUUACUCAACAAAUCCUAGGAAUUGUUCUAAUAGGGGAAAAGGAGAGACUGCAAUUCUUUUAAGUUUCAAAGAAAUAAUAAAGAGAAAGGCUGAUCCUCCACAAAAAAAAGUCUAUCUUCUGGUUGCAAGAAAUAAAAUAGAAUCCUUGGAAAAGAUCUUAUUCUUUAAUCUGGAGAACUAGCAAUUUUCAGUUGACUUAGUAGACUGUUCUCACCAUUGUGUUCUCAAAUUCCAUUUCUGAAUCCUUGCCCUAGAACCUAGAUACUCCCUUUCAUAUUGAUUUUGACAUCCUGGGCUUGCACAAAGUGCCUAAUUAGUUUGAUGAAGCAGAUAAAAAUAUUGACAAACUAGAUAAUUGGCCCACGCAAAAAAACAUCAAAGGCAAAACCUAAAAAAUAGUCUAGACUUAUUAUUAAGGCUACUGUGUAAAAAGAACUGUCAAAUUCGUAUGAUACCCCAGAGUUGUCCUAGUUCCAUUGUCACUGUGAUCUUGGCCAAAUUAUUUCACUUCUGUGGGUUUCAGUUUCCCUAUCUGCAAAAUGAGGUAGUUAGAUUAAAUAAUCUCGAAGGUUAUAAUAUUUGUGAUUACAUGAUUAUAAACUGGGUGCUCACUGUGUUUGACUACUUUAGAUAACAUUUUUUCCUUUUUCAUCUGGUCUUCCCAUAUCCUUUAUUGACACACUCCCCCCAAAAUAGUAGUAUUGAGGGCUAAAACUUCUAACAGGAAUUUUCUUAUGUUAUGAUUUGAUCAUCUGGUCAUAUCUGGCCAUAUCAUUUGUUAGCAUGCUGGGAAUGUGAUUUAUCUGGGAUAUUUAACUAAGGGCACUGAUAUGUUUUGGCUGUUGUAUAUUUUUAAAUGUUUCAAAUCUAGCUAUUACACUAUUUUAUUAACCUAGCAUAAAAGGAAAAGAACCUAAUCUGUUUCCCCCAUCUUAUACCAUCCCUUGAAUGAUAGCCAUAUGGCUUCAGUAUUCCAUGUAUUUUAAGUAAACAAGUCCUCAAAUUUAAAAAGUAAACAAGUGUUUCUUUCUAAGUUGAGGAAGUUCAAGUUCCCCAUUAAAGAUCUAGAAAAUCUGAUCCUAGAUCUCAUCCUAAAAAUUGAUUAGAUAUCUUGUAAGAAAUGAUGUUUAAAAUAGCAGUCCCAAACAGGUACAGUUGAUCUAUACUAUUAAAAAAGAGAGAGAGAGAGAGAGAGAGAGAGAGAGAGAGAGAGAGAGAGAGAGAGAGAACAUUUACUAGAAUAUUCUUGUCCAACACUUUGCCCUGUAUGGCUCAAGCUUCCUACAACCUAUUCCAAGAUAUUAGGGACUCCAAGCCCUAAAAAACAGUCAAGUGAAAGGAGGAAAAAAAAAGAAAUAUCCUUUUGGCCCACACUUGUAAACGAUUUCAAAAAGUGUCUAGCAAGACUGCGCAGAUAUUAUUUCAAGGCUUCAGGCAAAGGAUUAGGAUGUCAAGAAAAAUCAUUGAGUAGACUCUAGAGAUGAUGGUAGUGACAAUGAGAUUGUGAUAUGAUAUCUUUGGGGGAAUCUAAGAAUGGCCAAAAUCAGAUGUAAAAAGUCAAGUUCUUUGGUUUUAAAUAGGAUGUUAUGGAAAGUGCAAAGGGAAGAUAGGUUUCUAGGUGUAGAGAGAAAGGUUUCUUAGUAUCUUGGUAAAAUCAGAUAUUGCAUCCAAUUCCCUGCCUGUGUCCUUUAGGGAGCUGAGCAUAUUGUUACUAUAUUGACCCAAGAGUUAAUGUCCCACAGCAUCUCAAGAGACCAAGCUUAGCCUUUCCCUAGCUUGUCUUCCUAUGCAUUGCCAGAAAUAGCCAAUGGAAUCUUAGUUACCUAUAUGCUGAAUAGUGGUCUGUAUCUAUAUCUUUCUAUAUGUCAAUAUCACUUUAUAUAGAUAUAGAUAAGCCAAGUCCUUAGAACAUUUAUAAAGUCAUUUUGUAAAUGAGAGAACUACCAGUCAAACUAGAAAUACUUUCCUUCUCUGUGAUUAUUUCAGAUGUUCUUCCCAUUCUGGUCAUUUCUCUAUCCUCAACCUUUAUCCAUCUACAGAUGGACACAAGCAGAAAGGUUCUAAUCUACAUCUAGAAAAUGAAGGAAGUACUUCUAACUACUAGCUUCAUAGUUCAGACCACCCAAUACAAGUUUGCUGGGGCCAUUCCUGAUUCCACCACCAAUGAGUCUUUACCCUUCACCAGAGAAUGUAUAAGGCUGAGUCUGGUGAAUUGUUGCCAAGUUUCAUUCCCUAAGUGUUUACUGGGGGGUUUCAACAGGGAGGAGAUGAUGUGGAGAAUGGAGUGCUCAAAUAAAGCCUCCUUUGCUCCCCCUCCCCCUUCCCAUUGCUCUAUGGAAGGGUUUACAAAUCCUGCUAUUGGUUAGAAUUCUUAUUAACAGUGUUAUAUACAUAUAAAUAUAUAUAUACAUAUAUAUAUAUAUUCCUUUUUUUCAACCCUGUAGCCAUGAACUGAACUUCCCUUGACAAUACAAACACAUGAUCAUUUUUUGCUUUGGGACUCUUAUUGUUUGAAAUUUCUUCUUUUUUAAAAAAAAAUUAAUUUGGUGGGCAUUUUUUCUCCCAUAUAUUAGCUCUAUGGAGAAAAACAAAAGCGCAAUGUGUGUAAAAAAAUUAAAAUUAAAACAAGCUUUUUUCUUUUUCUUUUUCAAUGUAUUUAAAUUCUGUUUCUCUCUUCUGUUACUUUACACGUAUGAAUGCUCUGCUCUUCUGUGAUCUUAAAACAAAAUGAAAUAAACGUGAAAAGGAGAUGUGUCUUUAUUGCCCUAA